UCAACCCGCUCCUCGGUGCUCUGCGUCACUUCUCACAGAAGUGAGCGGAACUACAAUCCUGACCUGGAUGAAGGGGUGCUCAACUGAGAGGGGAAGACACGACCGCAGAUCCGGAUGAAGUCGGGAGAACAAGGCCGAUGUAGCAAGCAGCUCCCGGAGCAGUGGCACUGGACAAACAACGACAGGCGUCUGUGAUCAGAGAAUCCUGUGUUUCAUCUUCAUCAUCAGGAGACAGAACACCAACUCGCUGCUGAGACUCUCGUGAUCCAUGGAUCUGGCACAUGUAGAUUAGGGAAGGGUGUGGUCCUGUGGUUCUCAGUUCACAGCUGAAAUGCAACUAUACUAAAGCUGAUGGAUCUAAAGAGAGUAUCCUUCCCUCCGUACCCUGGGGAUUAUCUACAUCCUGUGGUGUAUGCCUGCACUGCAGUUAUGCUGCUCUGUUUGCUUGUCUCCAUCAUGACUUACAUUGUACACCACAGUGUCAUCCGCAUCAGCAGAAGGGGAUGGCACACACUCCUCAAUUUCCUCUUUCACACAGGACUGACUUUUGGGGUGUUUGCUGGAGGCAUCAAUCAGAUCCACUUUCCUUUGGGUUGUCAGAUUGUUGGCAUUAUGCUUCAUUAUGCUUCGUUGUCAACCAUGCUGUGGCUGGCAUUUACUGCUAGAAACCUUUAUAAAGAUGUGUGCAAAGAUCCAAUUCGAGCCCAGGACAGGAGCGGUCCAGCCCAGAAACAUUCCAAACCAACCAUCCUGAGAUAUUAUCUCUUGAGUGAUGGCGUACCUCUCAUAAUUGUCAGUGUUAUGGCUAUGUUUAGUAUGGAUAACUACGGCAGCAGGGACGGGGCUUUGUAUUGCUGGAUGGCAUGGGAACCUAGCCUGGGAGGUUUUUAUGCCCCAGUGGGUCUUUUGGUCUUAGUCAUGUCUAUAUACUUUUUGAAAGCCUACAUUCAGUUGAAGCGCCACCCAGAGAGGAAAUAUGAAUUGCACCGUCUGAGUGAGGAUCAGCAGAUGCUGUCAUCCUGUGAGUCAAACCAUCAUUCUCAAAGUGACAGUGGUGGAGCUUCAGGGUCUUCUGGAGACCUGUUGCCUUUUUCUACUGGUGUAUCUGAACUGGCUAAUGAACAUUCUUUUAAAUCCCAGCUCCGGGCCACCAUUUUCACACUGUUUCUGCUCCUAGCAAGCUGGGCUUUAGGAGCAUUGGCUGUAUCACAGGGAUAUUUUCUUGAUAUGAUAUUCAGCUGCCUAUAUGGGGCAUUUUGUGUCACUCUGGGCCUCUUCCUUCUCAUCCAACACUGUGCCAAACGGGAUGAUGUAUGGAAUCGUUGGUGGGUUUGUUGCCAUUCCAAGUCAAACACAGAGGAUGGGAAUACUAAUGGCCAAUGUCAGAGGCAGAAGCCACACUGCCAUUUUAGCUUUCCAUGUUCAGGCAAGCACCCACUGCUUUCUUCACAUGUUUUGCAGACUUCUUUUGACAAAAUGACACCACCUCCUAAUAGUCCAACUCCAAGUAACACAGGCCCAUGUUGUGUGGCUGUAAUGAGUCCAACAUCCCCCGUUCCAUCUCUCAUUGAGCCAGUGCCCUCACCACGUCCACAUUCACUUCCUGAUGAGCUCCCUCGUCCAACUCUUCCACUGCAGAGAUGCCUUACUGAAAGAGCAAAGUCCCACUCCUUUAACCGUCCACGUCCUUGUCUACAAGACUACCGCUCACAUAUGACUUCCCUGAGUAUGGAUGGAGGCGUGCACCACUCGCAAAGGGACAGUGCUCUGCCAGCACAUCAUCUUGAAGGAAUACUGUUGAUUUCCAACAGCCCACUCCCUGGACUUCAACUUCCUUGUUCUAGCCCCCACUUGGAUAAGCAGAUGGCUUCCUGCCACACUUUACAACGCCAAAACUCCUGCCAGAGUGUACAAGACUCAGUGACAUCUUGUUAUGGCCAUGUCCGAAACAUGCAUGACAGUAUGACUUCCUGUCACAGCCUCCUCCUGCCUUCUCAAGGGGUCCAUUCCUCCCAGUGGCACAUGUAUGGUUCAGUCAAUCCAUCUUCUACUGCAGCCUGUUGUGAAAACCCUGAUCCAUGUACAAUGCAAUAUAAUCAAGACCCCAAACCAUUCAGCUGCACAUUAAAGACAGAAGGUGAAGAGAAGGAGAUCCAUUCUCUGGACGUGGAGCAGAGAGGCUUCCCAAGAAAUACCCUACCUCGGCAGCAUUCUACUGUAAGCCGCAGAGGAGUCAUUGGUCGAAACAGAAGUCUGCAAGAAGAUGGUCUUUUUGGUUCAGAUGAUACAGGAAAUAUACGGACUGGACCUUGGAAGAAUGAAACUACAGUUUAGCUGUGAUGCCAUUUUAGCAAUCUUCCACCCACUUUACAGAUGACCUGUAUAAGUUUGGGUCUUCAUGCUAACAGCUGUACCCUAAAACAACCUCAAAGAGUCUCCACAUCACUUAGGAUCCACAUAGCUUAGGAUAAAAAUAACUUGUCAAAUGUGUGUUUUUCUCAGUUAUAUUUUGUCAAGAAACAAGCUCAUCCUUAGUGGAAUACACUUUAUGCUUUAAAGCUGCACGCUAUAUCGCAUGAAAUCUCAGGGUCAUAUUGGCUCAUCAGUUAGCAAUGUAAAAUAAAAGGAUACUCAGUUUUAAUCAUAUAGGUUCAUCUUUGUUUGUGUCAGUUAUUUUAGUUUACUCUAAUAAGAAAAAAAACAUUGCAUCAGAGCAAAGACCCAUUACAAAACUUACCUUGACUCAACUGCCUUUGAAUUUCGACAAAAGAAUAGACAUAAGGGUCUUGAGCUGUAUACCAUAAGUUCAUGUGCAUAAAAAAGCUUUCAAUAACUUUGUUUAGAUCCAACACCUUGUCAGCUGGGAAAGGAUCCUCCUUAACCUGUUAAGGGUUCGCAAUCUCUUGUCUAUGUAUGGGUGCCGUUAAAAAGAAAUUUUUUAUAUUUUCACCUCCUGUCAAUUGGCAACAUUUACUAAAUAAGAGGUACUCCAAUAUAUCUUAAAGAAAUCCGUACUUUUCAGAUAAUUUUAAAAAUGAUCAGUUAUUUAUUUCCGACCGCUUGGGAUAGGCAAACACCAACACCCCAUGACCCUGUACAGCUAAGCAGGUAUAAAGGAUAGAUAUUGAUUUCCUCUGCAAAGUAAUAUAUAAAAGGGCAAAACUGAAAACAAGAAAACAUUAUUUUUUUAAUCUGUUGAAGAGAUGGUUAAAUAGGAUUUAAAAAGUUUUAUUCAAACAUAUUACGUUGCUGAAGGUGGUGAUUUCAGAUUUUUUUUAAAUUUGGAAUUGUCUGGAUCCAGCAUUUGUGAAGCUUUGCACCAUUUAAAUUGUGAGAUUUACACAUUUUAAGUCUAUAUUUGUUAUUUCUUUUUUCUAACACAGUCUUUUAAAAAUGUGUGAUCACUCAUAAACCGCUCUGAAAUGUUUUAAAGCACGUGCGUAUGUUCAAUAUGUGAACAGUGCAUGAUUAAGUAGACACAAUUGUGGUGUGUGUUUGUGUAAUAUUUGCUUAUUACUCUGGAUCCACCCUAACAGAAGUAUAUACAUUUUGUAUGAAGUUGUACUUAUACAAGCCUAUGAAUAUUUUUCUUAAGUGACACCUUAUGCUUCCAAACAAGGUCAAACUGAAUUUUGACUGUUAUUGCACUACUGUGCAUUAUAGGACCCCUUGUGUGGUGAGAUGUUUAAAAAGUGCAAUAUGCUAUCAAGCACAAGGUUUUUAUAGUGCCAAAUUGAUGUGCUACAGCUACAGUAAACACAUUAUCAAUGAGAGAUUUCAAGUUUGUAGCAUAAUACAAACUUUUACUCAGGUUUUAGAAUAUCAUCAGCAACAUUUUAAAGAGCUCUGAAAAUGCAUGAUUAGCACAGCUAUGCAUCAUUAAGUCAAAUGUGUUUUUGUAAAUCUGUCUCAUCUUCAUAUAACCAACUACAAAUUCUGGUCUUCAGUCCAGCAAUGUUCUCAUGCAAUUAAAUCUAGGUGGUGUUAAAAUAUCCAAUUAAGAUCAACACUUGAAUUUUGAAUUUCCUUAUCUUUUGUAUCCAGAGUAACAGAAAAUAAAUCUAGUGACUGUCUGAACUUGGUAUAAUUUAAGGCGUUAAAAUCAGGGGCGGUUCUAGACAGGGGCCAACGGGGCCCCUGUUCUAAAGACAUGAUAUUAAAUAAAGUUCUGACGAUGAUGUAUGCUGACAAAGAUACCGUAACUGACUGGUCAUUGGACCAAUUGUAUUUUUACCUUUACAGUUUUACUCUAACAAUAAUUUUAAAAUGAAGCUGUUUCAUGUUUAGCUCCAGCCAUAUUGAGAUAGGAUCAGGGGUCAAAAACCUGCAAUUCAAGAGCCACAAUUGGCUCACUUAAUAUUUUAAACGAUAAAAUAUUGACAUGUUUAUUUUUUUCCCAAUCUUUUGUUCUGUGCCCCCAUGAAAAAACAUUGGCCCCACUGACUAAAAUGUCUGUUGAAGUGAAUUUGAUGAAAACAUCUUAAAAUCAGUCUUUUCCUUGGAGUUCACUGCCCUACAUGUUUUCUACGCUUGCCUGUUUUAACCCAUUCAAUGUGACAGAUAUUUAAAAACUUCAACAGGUCUGUAAUGUUCUGUGGCUCUUUGGAUAAAAAGUAAAAGUACAUAAUUGUUAAUCUGAUGCAGAACACCGUUAAAUAUUUUAGGUUAAACAUUUUCACAUGUUUGUUUGCAUAACCCUGUAUGAUGUCAGCAUUGUUGUAGUCAUCAAAUAACAGCAUGGUUGACUUGAUGUUGAUGACUCUUGACAUGUAAUGUAUUGUAUACCCAUGUUUCAACAGCUCAGUCUUCCUUGACAAUGGCCAGGAAUCAUCUUACAGGUUCUGUCUGAUUAUGAGGUCAUUUUUUCAUUUUUGGCUUUGCUUUUGUUUCUUAUCCGUGUUGUAAUGUUUUGUAACAGAAGAAGUCAGAUGUACACCCUUACAAAUAAAGGGAAUACCUUUUUGAGCACUGUUGUCUGCACUAAAAAUAAAGAUUUACUGUGACAAACUA